AUGGAGCUAUCACGCCAGGAGUAUCCGGCCAUGCUGGAACGGCUGCAACCAGCUAGCGCGGUAUCGAAGUUCAAUGAACGAGUGAAGCGGAUUGGGAAGACUAAUAGCGAAAUCGCAGACUGGUUACAGGAGCGACGCAGGAUUGAGGAUGCAUAUGUCCAAGGGCUGCGAAAGCUAGCUAAGAGGCCUCUGGCAGAAGUUGGGCAGGAUCUUGGUGUUUUCGACGUGCCUUGGAAAAAGAUAGUCAUCGCGACGGACGAAAUCGCCAGCUCUCAUCACACACUAUCGCAGCGGAUCGAAGAAGAUGUCGAGAAACCACUUCGGGCCUUUGCGGCGAACAGUCGAGAAAUGCAAGGCAUAACAACCAUACAGGGAAACUUGACAUCAAUGGCAAAAGAGCUAGAUGAGGCCCAGGAGAAAUCAGACAAAUUAAGCAAGAAGGGUGGAAAAGCAAGCGCGGCAAAAGUGGAAAAGGCAUCUACACAGCUGCAGAUUGCCGAACAGCAAUGGAAUUCGCAAGCUCCAUUCGUGUUCGAGACGCUCCAGGCAUUGGACGAAACGAGACUGAAUCAUCUUCGAGAUGUCCUUACUCAAUAUACGACUCACCAGACGGAUCUCAUGCAGAGGAACACGACUGCGGUGGAGCAAACCUUGAAUUCUCUGUUGGAAAUAAACACCAGCCAGGAGAUUAAGAAUUGGUCGCAAGCCGGUAUGAUGGGGAAACCAGAGAGGCGAAUGACGAGACAGCAGUCCACCGCCGAGAGUACUACUGCUCCAUCGAUGGCAGCUUCGACUAUGCCACCUCCUCCUACACCUGGGUCUAAUCAAGGAGACGAUCGGAGUCAACAUUCUAGCAGGCCCGAGAAAGAAAAUCUCAAAAGCCGAUUUGGAACUAUGCUGGGUCGACGACGCCAAAGCAUACAUGGCUCUCUACCAACAUUUGGACGAGCUCCUUCACCAUCUAAGGGUGGCUUCGUCCCUUUCGGUCGCCCUGAUCGAUCGUCGGCGAGCAGAGAUGGUCGCCCAAGCCCAUCGCCACGUGCUUCAUCAAACAAUUUACGCGAAUCUCCUUCCCGCGACAAUAGAUUGUCGUCACUUGCAGAAUCUCCCCCAAAUUUGAGCCCAACUGCACCAACUAAUGGUACUAAUGGCGUGACGGCCCAGUCUGCUCAUAUUACAGACUCACUGCCUCAGCGACCGAAGACUAGCGGGGCAAACGGAAGUGGGGACAUGUCUGAUAUGUCUCAAAUUAUGCCACCACCUGGUCCGCCACCUUCGCAUUUGAAAGAAGUGAGCAAGGACUCAGAAGGAUUUAAUGUACCGGCACCUCAAAAUGAUCCAAUAUCCCAAGCGCAAGCCGAAGCUGCUCAAGAAAUUGAACAGCCACAAUUUAAACUUGAUAUCAGGCCAGACCCUAUCCAAGAACAAGAUGAUGAUGCAAAAGCGGCUCUCUCAAAUGUCGCCAAUACCUUGAGAUCAUCUCAAAUGAUUACGCCGAAUAGGAAACUAGGUACUGUUAGAGGCCGAAGAGAUGUGCGAAACACCAUUUUUGUGCCUUCCAAUAGUACUAUGCCGACCUCGGAAUCGUUCAACAUACCAACUACAGAAAAUCCUCCUCCACCUUCUCCAAGUUUGAUGCCUGGUAGAAGUGCUGCUCUGGCCGCAUUAUCCAACAGUGAUCACAGAGCCGCACCUAGCGUUUCUGACACUACAUCAAUCCGCUCUGGGCACUCACUUACGAAUCACGCUUCUGUGAAACAUGCUGAAAUGCACAAUAUUGGGUUGAAUGCUUCCAUAAUAGAGACUGUGAGCGCGACAUUUGAAAAUGGGGUUAUCAAGACCAGCAAAAUUAGCGGUGAAAUUGCUUUGGUGUAUAACAGAAGCAACGAUGACGAUGCGCCUUUACCACCUGAACAAGAAAUAAUUCGUAUCAAUAACUUUCCUAACCUGGAGGCAAUUGGUCCUAACAGAACCUUUCUCCAUCCAGUAUCAACAGAAAAAUCCGACGAAUUUACUAUCGACCUAGCCCCUAUCUCCGCUCGAAGCUCAGUCGGAUUUACCUACAAAGGCCACUCCGAUGACUCCAACGUUCUCGGCCAAGGGCCUCUCAUAAUAAAACCAGCAUGGCAACAACUCAGCGACAAACUCCAACUUCUCGUCGAGUACAGCGUCAAUCCCUCCUCAGGACUCGAGUCCAUCAACUUCCAAAACUUCGUCAUCGUCGCCCACUACGACGGCGCGCGCGCCACGGCCGUACAAACCAAACCAAGCGGCACUCACCUCAAAGAGCAAAAGUUGGUCUACUGGCGGCUAGGCGAUAUCACGCUGAAUGUCAAACCUAACAAAGUUAUCUGUCGUUUCGCCGGGUCCGAGGGCGCCGUUCCUACGCCUGGACGCAUUGAAGCGCGCUGGGAGAUUCAGGGAUUGGGGAUGGGCGAGGGGGUGUUUGGGAGUGGGAUCUCGUUGAGUAGACUUGAGGUGAAUAAGGGGAAGGAACGGGAGGUUGUGUUGAAAGAGGAUGAUCCGUUUGCGGAUGAGGGGACGGAGGGGGCGAGGGGGAAUUGGGUUGAUGUUGGCGGGGUGAGGAAGUUUGUUAGUGGGAAAUAUGAGGCUGUUAAUGCUGCUUUGUAA